AUGGCGUCGCAUCUGCGCAAGGUGUUUGGCUCCGGCCGCACAAAGUCGUCGGCCAGCCACGGACGCGGCGCUUCCGAAGGCGACCCUCCCAGCUCCACCCCCAGCUCGCCCGCUGCUUCGCUGGGCAAGGCCGCCUCGAGGGCGUUCGGACGCUCCGACCGAGGCGCCUCGCCCAGUCCUGCACCCUCCUCGCCCGCUCCCGCCUCGUCGUCGGCGCUGCCGCCCACCACUCCUUCCAAGAGCUCCACCACCACCACCACCGCCGCCACUCCCAACACGCAGUCGGCUAUCCCGUCGCCCUCGCCGCGCACUGCCUCCAAGCCUUCCACGCCCACGGCCCAGUCGCAGCUGCCUCCUCCUCCCACGCCCGCCAAGAGCGACAACACGGACGCGGCCACCCCGACGCAGCCCCAGUCCUCGGCAGCCACGCCCACCGCUGAGAAGGCCACGCCCGUAGACGCUUCUCCUGCUGCUCCUGCUGCUUCUGCCCAGGCCGCUGCCACUCCCGCUGCCGCUGCCGAGACUACACCCAAGAUGGAGACCUCCAAGCCGCUCACCAUCAACAUCCCAGCCGCAAACCAGCAGGAACCCGCGCAGCCCGCCGCCGAGCUCCCCAAGAAGCAGCUCAAGUCCGAAAACCGCGCCGCCACCAACGGCAGCACCAACACCAACAUCGAGACCAACGGUGUCGGCCCCACCGACCGCGACGACCUCACCCCCGUCGGCGGCCUCAACAACAAGUCCUCCUUCCACUCGCGCACCACCGCCGACCAGUUCCGUGCCGAGUAUCACCCGGACAACGCCUCCAAGUACGCAAACCCCAAACACUACUCGGCUCGGCCCGAGACCUACCACCGGAAGUCGUUCAGCGCCGCUCCCUCGUCCAUGGGUGAGGCCACCCCGGCCGGAUCGCGUCGCCCCUCUGGCAGCGAGCACGACAUCGGUCACGGCCGUGGCCCCACCGCCAACCUCAACCACGCCGUCGACGCGCGCCACGGCCACAGCCACAGUGGCCACCACCACGGCCACCACUGGGUCUCGGCCGAGGACAAGCGUCUGCAGGAGGAUGCCGACAAGAAGCGCCACUGGAAGCGUUGGGGCCCCUACCUCAGCGAGCGCCAGUGGGGCACCGUCCGCGAGGACUACUCGGCCAACGGCGACGCCUGGUCCCACUUCCCGCACGAGUCCGCCCGCAGCCGCACCUACCGAUGGGGCGAGGACGGCCUGGCGGGUCUCUCGGACAACCACUGCCGCAUGGGCCUCAGCCUCGCGCUCUGGAACGGCAAGGACCGCAUGCUCAAGGAGCGCCUCUUUGGUCUCGCCAACAACGAGGGCAACCACGGCGAGGACGUCAAGGAGCUCUACUGGUACCUCGACAGCACCCCCACCCACAGCUACAUGAAGAUGCUCUACAAGUAUCCGCAGGAGUCGUACCCGUACGAGCUCUUUGUGCGCGAGUCGCGCAACCGCAGCCGCGACGUCGCCGAGUUCGAGGUCACCGACACCGACCUCUUUGACGAGGACAAGUACUGGGACGUCUUUGUCGAGUACGCCAAGGACGAGGACGAGGAGAACGCCAUCUCGAUCCGCAUCAGCGCCUACAACCGCGGCCCCGAGCCCGCCGACCUCCACAUCCUGCCCCAGCUCCUCUUCCGCAACUACUGGUUCUGGCCCAAGGAGGAGCCUGCCAAGCCCCAGAUGAAGCAGACCGGCGACUACGUCAUCCAGGCGGACCAUCCGGAGCUCGGUCGCUACCACCUCUACUGCUCCACCAGUCCGGCGCCCAGCGCUCCGCCCGCCAAGCGCGGCCAGGCGCCCGAGCCCAUCUCGGACGAAGAGGUGGUGCCCGAGCUCCUCUUCACCGAGAACGAGACCAACUUUGAGCGUCUCUACAACGGCAACAACCGCAACGUCUACGCCAAGGACGCCUUCCACGACCACAUUGUCCCCGCCCACCGCAUGGAGAAGGACCGACCCAAGGCGAUCGAGCGCACGCGCAAGAUCAAGAAGACCGUGGUGCGCCAGGAGCGCCGCCCCAUCCCUCGCGACGAGGCUGCCAAGACCGACGCUGCGCCCAAGGCCGACGGCGCCUCGGCCGAUGCUCAGCCCGAGGCUGCCGCCGCCGAGGACCAGUUUGGCUCCACCGGCCCCACGAGCGAGCAGGAGUACGAGGUGGUGGACAUCGAGGAGGAGGUCGAGGAGGAGGAGACCUACUUUGAAGACCCCGACGAGUCGACGCCACCGCGCGACUACGUCAACCCGCAGAAGAAGGGUACCAAGGCGGGCGCGCACUACGUCUUCCGCCAGGUGCCGCCGUUUGGCGGCUGCGCCGUGGUGCGCAUGAAGCUCACGCCUCGAACGCCGUCGGAGGAUGCGGCGAUCGACGACGACGAGCAGUUUGACAACACGGUCGAGUCGCGCCGCUCCGAGGCCGACGAGUUCUACGCCAAGCUCAUCAGCGGGCCCAUGUCGGACGACAUGAAGAACGUCAUGCGCCAGGCGCUCGCCGGCAUGCUGUGGAACAAGCAGUUCUACAUGUUCAUCCAGCCCGAGUGGCUGCGCGGCGACCCGGGCCAGCCGGCACCGCCGCCGGAGCGCAAGCGCAUCCGCAACCACGACUGGCGCCAUCUGCACAUGGAGGACAUCCUCUCGAUGCCCGACAAGUGGGAGUAUCCGUUCAGCGCCGUGUGGGACAGCGCCUUCCACUGCAUCCCGCUCGCCAUGGUCGACCCGGCGUUUGCCAAGAAGCAGCUCGACCUCUUCACGCGCGAAUGGUACAUGAAGCCCGACGGCGCGCUGCCGGCGUACGAGUGGAACUUUUCGGACGUCAAUCCGCCCGUGCAUGCGUGGGCGACGUUCCGCGUGUUCAAGAUCGAGCGCAAGAUGUUUGGGCGCGAGGACCUCGACUUUUUGGAGCGCGUCUUCCAGAAGCUGCUCAUCAACUUUACCUGGUGGGUCAACCGCAAGGACUCGAGCGGCUCCAACGUGUUUGAGGGCGGCUUCCUCGGCCUCGACAACAUCGGACCCUUCAACCGCUCCGAGCCGCUGCCCACGGGCGGCACGCUGCGCCAGGCCGACGGCACGGCGUGGAUGGCGUUCUAUGCGCUCAACAUGCUCAACAUGGCGCUCGAGCUGGCCAAGCACAAUCCGACGUACGAGGACAUUGCGUCCAAGUUCUUUGAGCACUUUAUCUUCAUCUCGGACGCCAUGUCGUUCCAUCAGGCCGACGACGAGGAGGGCAUCAGCCUGUGGUCGGACAAGGACGGCUUCUAUUACGAUGCCAUCCAGUGGGGCCCCGGCCACAGCCAGGUGAUCCCGGUCAAGAGUCUGGUGGGUCUGAUCCCGCUGUAUGCGACGCUGACGAUCGAGCCGUCGGCGCUGAAGCGGUUCCCGAGCUUUGCGAAGCGCAUGCAGUGGUUCCUGGACAACCGGCCCGAGAUGGCGGACCGCAACAUUGCCAACAUGCAGGUGGGCGGACGCGGCGACCGACGACUGCUGUCGAUGGUGAGCCGCGAGCGGCUGGAGCUCAUCCUCAAGCGCAUGCUGGACGAGAACGAGUUCCUGUCGCCGCACGGCGUGCGCUCGCUCAGCAAGGACCACCAGAAGAAUCCCUUCCACGUCAACGUCGGCGGCGAGGAGUUUGGCGUGGGCUACUGGCCCGGCGACUCGCACAGCCCCAUGUUUGGCGGCAACUCCAACUGGCGCGGUCCGAUCUGGAUCUGCGUCAACUUCCUGCUCAUCGAGUCGCUCCAGCGCUUCUACCAGUACUACGGCGACAGCUUCAAGGUGGAGUGUCCGACGGGCAGCGGCGACUACAUGCAUCUGGGCCACGUGGCCGAGGAGCUGUCGCACCGUCUGCUCGGCAUCUUCCUGCGCGACGACCAGGGCCGCAGGGCCAACAACGGCGGCAUCCCCAUGCUCGACUAUGCGCCCGAGUUCCGCGACCUGGUGCACUUUUACGAGUUCUUCCACGGCGACACGGGUAAAGGGCUGGGUGCCUCGCACCAGUGUGGCUGGACGGGUCUUAUUGCGUAUACGAUCUACUCGACCGGAGCGAGCUAUGGACUGGCACAGACGCCGCGCACGCCCAAGUCGACCGCCGCACACUACUUUGACGAGCACCUCACCGAGGACGGACGCUCCGAGGCCGGCAGUGUGCCGUACUCGAACGCCUACUCGCGCCCGCCUUCGCCCGACGAGCUCUGA